CCACCCGUCAAUUGGUUCAGAUUCUAGAAUCCCCAGUAGUUUCUCGCCAACGGGACUAUGCAGGGAUCCACCUCGGCCACUAACACCCCUGAACAGAUCUCAUGCGCCGAGUUGGCCCUCUCUACAAAAACCCCACCGAUUCCAUGAGCCGCCUGCCUUGUUCAUGAUGGAUAAGGUUUUCUCUCUUGCUAGUACGUUUUCCCCUGCCGGGAAGGAGCUAUAUUUCAUAUAGCUCUCGAGUCAUUCUAAAAGUUUCUUUAUUUUCCUGAAUUCUUUUUGAUCGACUAUCGCCCCGGUCGUCAAAAUGAAUUCGGCCUCGCCCACCACUAGCGCCUCUACGAAUAGAGGGGGCCGCCCUAAGGAUUGGACUGAACCCCGCGCUCGAAGACUGGUACGACUCUACAUUUAUACAAGAUUACCUUUUGAUCUGAUAUUAAAACUCUUGGAAGACGGUGUUUGGAAGCCUGGGUAUGAUGCUGCCAACAAAGUCAAAAACCAACUUCUCGGUAAUGAUCCUCGAUGGAUAAGACCUAAAGAUGACGACGACGAGAGAAGACGCAUCGCGGCCCUUAAGAAUAGCCGGCGAGGAGUGAAACUUCAUCACAGAACGUCUACUUCACAUCCUGCCAGAAGCCAAUUCAAUGCAUGUAUUCCUGGGUGCUACGAUGAGGAUAGUCUGACUCCUGCUCAAUCGAGUUACCAUUCUUUCGAGAAGUCCAACACCCCCACUCCACUCAAAUAUGAGACGAACUCCCCUACUGGCCAAAUUGGAGCCAACAUUCCACAUUUUGGUUACGAUGAACAUGACGCCCAAAUAUACCCUCCUUGGAUUACAAGUGGCAUGGGUGGCUCUCGUCAAGAUACUGGCCUAACUCAUUCUACCGAAACCAGCAUGAGUAGCAGUUUUUGUGAGAAACUUUCUACCGUGUCUCGAGACCAAGCGAAAGGGGCCUGGCGCGUAUUGAAACAGUUCACCUUCCCCAAGGAUGCAGAUCUACAACGAGAAUUGUCCUUCUCUCCAAUUGUCUCCCCCGGAUCGCAAUCUCAACCUACUCAGCGAGGCUCCCAUAACCUUGGUGGGUCGGCCGUCUAUGCUCCAUUUAGCGCGAGGUACGCUGUGCCCGGUGAUUUCCUAGAUGUGGAUUUGGUUACUAGGAGAAACUCAUGCGAGUCUGGACCUGCAUCCCACGAGAUGGGUAUCUGCUGGUGCCGGAUCGCUGACGACUUAACGUCAAUCCAGCCUUUAUGGUCGACUGAUGGAUUUCAGCUUUCUGCUCGUAACAAUUCUUCCGACGACGUCUAUCAGGUAACGGACGCUUUUGGCAACACGGCAUUCCAUCGUCUUGCUGCUAUGGACGCAAACCGAAUGUAUUUCCUCAGUCUCAUAUCUCAAGCGCUUGCAACCCCACACUCAUUAGUUCGUGCCACAAAUACCGCCGGCCAGACAUUUCUGCACGUUCUCCACCAGUCUUGGUUUGAUGAAGUUUCAUGCCUGAUACAGCUUCUUGACAUUGUUAAGGCCCAUCCGGACUUUAACAUCUCGGCAAUAGAUGUAUACGGGCGUAGCUUUUUCCACCUGCUACAGAACAAAAGAUUAGAUUCCGCUCGUAUUCCGGCACACUUAAUUAACUGGAACCUACUCAAGCGGCGUGAUGCCUUCGGAGUCGAGCCCAUGGAAUCUCGAUCAAGGCACAUGGAGCUCGGUACGUCACAGAUGCAGCGUAGUGCCAGCCCAAUGAAUGCGAGAAGCCCGAUAAUCGAAAUACCUUCCGGUCGUGGAGACGAAUCUCGAAUUCGACCCCAAGCCGAGCUUUUGCGGAUAGUCGUUGACGCUGUUAAAGUCGACGGUGUCAAUUCGACAAAUCCAAAUCCUCGGUCGGAAGAUUCUCGCGGACGCAACGCAUUGCACUGUCUUGCGGAAGUCAUGUUAGAUGUGGAGAGCGUCCAAGGUUCUGCCCAGGAAAAUCAACGACAAAAGAAACGUAAACACAAUGAAGAAGACGGAGAAUCGAGGCCUCAGAGCAGUGGCAGCAGUAAGAGAUUGGAAUAUCUCGAAGGAAUUCUGUCUGCGAAAGUCGAUGUCAACCACUACGACUGCGAAGGACAAACCCCCUUGAUGGCAUUCGUCAAGUAUCGGCCGGAAGAUUCUAGGUCGGAGAAGGAAACCAUGGAGAGGAUAAUUAAAAUGCUUUACAGUGCCGGCGCCAACAUAGAGGCACGGAAUCGUGAAGGAGAAACAGCACUUCACGUCGCCGCUCGCUUCGGGAAGAAAGUCGCAUUGAAGGAACUUCUUCAGCUGGGCGCUAACCCAUACGUUCGCGACGCCUGCGGCUUAAGCGUACUCGCAGCGAUUGACGACCGCUGGGCCAACGCCGAAGAUGGCGUGCAAAUUGCGCGCUUAGAAGCUUGUCGGGGCGUCUUCACUAGCGUCGUGCCCGCCCCGGCCCAGGAGCCCACCGUGUUACAGGAAUGGGGGUUAAGGCAACCAUCAGCUGGACCGUCACGGUAGUUGGUGAUCCCUACUUCGCCACGAGAGAUGAUGUAUGAUUAUCUGGGCAGGCAUUGGUCUUGGUUUAUGCCUAGGUAUAUCCCUAGGUAUGGUUUCUGUAGUUUGAUACCCUUGUAUUAUUUAUCCAGGGCGUUUGGGGUACUGUAUAUUACUUAUACAAUGGAUAGACCAGGCGUGCUUUAGUGGGUUAGUCACAAUCAUCUCGUUCCAAGUCGAGCAAUAUCGAAGCAUUCACCGUCGUCGUAUUAUUUUAUAGUAGCAUACGAUUAGUAUAGCCAUGACAGCAUCCAGGUAGGUGUUGGAAACUAAAUGAAGAAUUGUUGAUCAGCCGAAA